AAUCUACCAGAUGGCAACAAAGCUAAACGCCAGGAUAUCCCCUAAAAAAACACUAACAACUAACAAGAACGCCAGAAGAUAUGCAUUAGUGAUUACUGAUUACUGGUUAGUGCCCCAUAAGUUAAAGCAAUCCACCCAAUUUUUUUCCCAAAUCUUAAAACAACAAUUUUUCCCAGGAACAUAAGAAAUACCAAAGCAAAAUACAAAGCAAGAAAAAAAAAACUUUAUGGGUGAAAAAGGGGUAAAAUUUGACAAAUGGGGUUACCAAGUGAAGACCUUUUCUGAUAAGUGCAUUUCUGCCAUUAAUGACUUCUAUGACCAGGUGUUGAAUUAUGGGAGAAAGAGGUCAAUUAUAUUGGAAGCUCCAGUUCAUGAUGGAAGUUGUGUUUUAGCCAAUACUUUGGCUGCUUAUUUCUCCUCUUCUACUCAUCCUUCUGAAGCUCUUUCCUUUAUUCAAUCUGCUAAAUCCCACUAUGAUGAAUCAACUGAUUAUGAGAAAGCAAUUUUUGAUGCUGUCUCUUGUUUGAUCUCUGAAGACAGGGAUGAUGAUGAUGCUCUUCAAUUGCAUUUUAAGUUAUUAAGCGCUUUUCCAAGGGACCUGCUCUCCUUGAAGAGGGCUCAAAUACUUUGCUUCUAUAUGGGGCAGCCAAAUCCUUCUCUUGAUUUAGUUCAGCAGGUACUGCGUGAGAAUGAAGAAGAAGCUUACAUUCAUGGCAUGCUUUCUUUUCCUCUGCUGGAGCUUGGCCGCAUGGAGGAUGCUGAAAGAGCUGCAAGAAAGGCACUCGAGAUCAAUGAGCAUGAUGUUUGGGCACAACAUUGUCUGUGCCAUGUUCUUCAAUAUGAAUGUCGGUUCCCUGAAGCUGUACAGUUUAUGGAGGAAUGCUCACCUUCCUGGAGUUCUUGUUCUUCAUUCAUGUACACGCAUAAUUGGUGGCAUGUUGCUCUUUGUUACCUGGAAGGUCAUUCUCCUGUCGUAAAGGUCUUGGAUGUGUAUGAUCAUUGUAUCAUGAAGGAACUAGAUAAAGAUGAUGCUACUCGUCCAGAGGUUUAUUUAAAUGCAUUAGGAUUGCUGUUGAGAUUACAUAUACGAGGUGAAAUAAGUCUCUUUGAGGACCGUUUGAAGAAUUUAGCUGAACUUUUGACUGAUAAAGCACUUUGGUACUUGGAAUGGCAGCUUGAUUUGUUAAUGCUGUGGGCGUUAACAAGUAGAAACAAGCUUUCUGACGCGCAAGAAUUACUUGAAGGCUUGAAGUUGAGAGUGUCAAAAAUGAAUGAUAAGAAGCAAAAGCUGAUGCAAAGGGGAGUCUCUCUUGCAGAAGCAGUAUAUGAGUAUGGUAGGGGUAACGAUGAACAUGCCUUACAGCUUCUGGGUUUAGAUUUUAAUGCUUGUGAUUAUAAGGUGAUAGGGGCGUCUGAUGAGCAACUCGAUGUCUUUAAUGAAGUUUGGUAUAGCUUGUUACUGAAUACUGGCCAAGCUACCAAAGUGAUAGAGGUGAUCGAGAGACGAUUUGAGUCGAGGGAUGGCGUGCCCUUUUUAUGGCGUCUAUUGGAGAAAGGUUACUUGAUGAUGGGAAGGGAGGAAGCUGUAAGAGCAGCUGAUAAGGCAAACCAUCUCGAAAGUGCCUAUUUUCGAUAGUUAAAUGGUGAUUGUACUGCCAGCUGAUAAGGCAAAUAAGAGCGAACAAGCUAUGCAAAGAGAUCGAGUUGAACAAUCAAUGUUGUUGAAUCGAUGUUCACGCAUAAAACUUAGAGUUCUGUUGCUCACUCAUUGCUAGUUGUUUUUGCAUACACAGGAAUAUAUAUUUUUUUUGAAAGGAACACAGGAAUAUAUUAAGGCAAUGAGAAUUCGAAGAUGAAAGUUUGUACUGUGAUGAACACAAAUAUCAAUAAUACAUCGCUUACUAAAAUGAAUAGUUAGUAUUUGAUCCAA